AUGAGGAGAUUCGAAACCAUACCGGUGAGGAGAUUCGAAACCAUACCGGUAAGGAUAUUCGAAACCACACCAGUGAGGAGAUUCGAAACCACACCGGUAAGGAGAUUCGAAACCAUACCAGUGGGGAGAAUCGAAACCACACCGAUGAGGAGAUUCGAAACCAUACCGAUGAGGAGAUUCGAAACCAUACCGGUGAGGAGAUUCGAAACCACACCGGUAAGGAGGUUCGAAACCACACCAGUGAGGAGAUUCGAAACCACACCAGUGGCGAGAUUUGAAACCACACCAGUGGGAAGAUUCGAAACCACAUCGGUAAGGAGAUUCGAAACCAUACCGGUAAGGAGAUUCGAAACCACACCAGUGAGGAGAUUCGAAACCAUACACGUGAGGAGAUUCGAAUCCAUACCAGUGGGGAGAUUCGAAACCACACCGGUAAGGAGAUUCGAAACCAUACCGGUGAGGAGAUUCGAAACCACACCAGUGAGGAAUUUCGAAACCAUACCAGUGGGGAGAUUCGAAACCACACCGGUAAAGAGAUUCGAAACCACACAAGUGAGGAGAUUCGAAACCAUACUAGUGGGGAGAUUCGAAACCACACCAGUUAGGAGAUUCGAAACAAUACCGGUGAGGAGAUUCGAAACCACACCGGUGAGGCGAUUCGAAACCACACCAGUGAGGAGAUUCGAAACCACAUUGAUUCGAAACCACACCGGUGAGGAGAUUCGAAACCAUACCGGUGAGGAGAUUCGAAAACGUACCGGUAAGGAGAUUCGAAACCACACUGGUAAAGAGAUUCGAAACAACACCGGUGAGGAGAUUCGAAACCAUACCGGUAAGGAGAUUCGAAAUCACACCAGUGAGGAGAUUCGAAACCACACCGGUAAGGAGAUUCGAAACUUAACCAGUGGGGAGAUUCGAAACCACACCGGUGGGGAGAUUCGAAACCACACCGGUGAGGAGAUUCGAAACCACACAAGUCAGGAGAUUCCAAACCAUACCGGUGAGGAGAUUCGAAACCAGACCGGUGGGGAGAUUCGAAACCACACCGGUGGGGAGAUUCAAAACCGCACCGGUGGGGAGAUUCAAAACCGCACCGGUGGGGAGAUUCGAAACCGCACCGGUGGGGAAAUUCGAAACCACACCGGUGAGGAGAUUCGAAACCGCACCGGUGAGGAGAUUCGAAACCGCACCGGUGAGGAGAUUCGAAACCACACCGGUGAGGAGAUUCGAAACCACACCGGUGAGAAGAUUCGAAACCACACCGGUAAGGAGAUUCGAAACCACACCGGUGAGAAGAUUCGAAACAACACCGGUGAGAAUAUUCGAAACCACACUGGUGAGAAGAUUCGAAACCAUACCGGUGAGACGAUUCGAAACCACACCGGUGAUAAGAUUCGAAACCACACCGGUAAGGAGAUUCGAAACCACACUGGUGAGCAGAUUCGAAACCACACUGGUAAGAAGAUUCGAAACCACACCGGUAAGGAGAUUCGAAACCACACCGGUGAGGAGAUUCGAAACCAUACCGGUGAGGAGAUUUGA